ACGGAGCGCGCACAUCUGCACUGAGACUGAGGCGUGGUCAGUCCGAUCUAACAGUAACAGGUGGGCCAGUCGGUACAGCUGCAGUCACACUUCAUCCACACACAGGAUACCUAUAGUACCGUCUUUUCUCUCCGGUAGGAAGCCACACACUGCUGCAACAAAAUGCCAAAGUGUCCAAAGUGCCAGAAGGAAGUUUACUUCGCCGAGAAAGUGACAUCACUGGGCAAGGACUGGCACAGGCCCUGUCUGAAGUGUGAGAAGUGCAACAAGACGCUGUCGGCGGGCUCACAUGCUGAGCAUGAUGGCAAGCCAUAUUGUCACAAACCCUGCUACAGUGCACUCUUUGGACCUACAGGAUUUGGACGUGGUGGAACCGAGAGUCACACAUAUAAAUAGACAGGUUCAAUGUUGCCUGGACACCAAAUCGAAGAAGCCAGCAUUGCUCACGAGUCUCAAUAAAAACCAGCAAACAAACUCAUUCUCAUUCAGAAGAAAAAGUUUGAGUUUUUGAUCUCUAGUUUUUGAAGAUGAUUGUGUAGUCCAAUGACAUAGUAAUGAAGUGGUUGUCCCCUAGUUUCUUCCUGUUCUUAAGGUGGACAUAAAGAUUAAAUCCUUUUUAAAGUUG